AAACUCAGCCACUCUCAGACUCUCUCUCUCAGCCUCUCAGAUCUCGUGAAUCCAAUGGACCAAGAAGGAGAUCCAUGUGAAGUAAAGAAGGCUUCUUUAGAGCCUAAAGCUCCAACCGCUGAUGACCCAGAUUCCAUUUCUCCAUUUGGUUCAGACCCUUCUCUGUCUGAAGAGGAACUGAUAACCACACUGUCUCCACUGUUAUCCGAUGAAGAAAUCAUCGAGUCUAUCUAUCAGAGUCUCUUGCUAAUCAUUCUCUCAUUGCAGCUACAACAGGGGAGUGGUGAGAUUUGGUGUUUUGAUGGUUGCAAGACACCUCCUUCGCGGGUUGCAGAAACGGCUCCGGAUACUUGUCCCGGAGCUCCAAUGAAGCUCGCUAAGAUAUCAAGGACCAUUGAUUCUGGACUGAGAAGGAAGCUCUUCUGAAUCUGACAUCAAUUUGAAUCUGACUGAUGAAUUGUUGUUGUUGUUGUGACAUAUUGUUAGCUUUAGCUGUAAGAGCUUCUAGGGAUUGUAAUAACUCUUUUUUAGCUUCUUGCUUUGACUUAUGUUUGUACAGUCUUCUUAGGCUUUUAUGAGGACUUACUAGCUAAGCUUGUUGUUGUUGUUGGAGACAUUCAUUUCUAUCUUUGAGAGAGAUAAAAAAAUCAAAACUUUCUCUUCUUUCUUGUGGGUUUUGUUUUAUGUUUCCUAAAAACUUGUUGCAGUGAAGAAUCUGGAAUAAAGUUUCCAUCUUUC